UUUUAUUUACAGUUAUUUAGUUGUUGCCUAUAAAACCAAUCUCAGUUUUACUUAAAACUCACAAAUUAUUUCACCAUUUUCACAUAGCUACUCCUAACUUUCCUUCUAUUCCGAUCCCUGAAGUUCUUGUUGGCAGAAGCACAAUUCACACAUUUGCUAAGCUAAGGAAAGCAUGAGGCUGUUGUGGGUUGUUAUAACCGCAUGGGCGUGUUGGUUUGCCUUAUUGGUUCAACCACAGCAUUGCAAGGGCUUCAAUCAGCUGAACAAGGGAACAUUUGAAAAGGAUUCCAACCUGAAUGUGUACACGAUCAGAUUCAACACUGAUAAAGCCACAAAAGAUUCAUAUAUGAAGUUUAUAAAAGAUCUGUACAACGCAUUAACAGACCGUGCAGACAGAGACGGAGACAUUCCAAUAUUGCCUUCUUCUUUGGGACCCAAUAACCCCGGGCAAUAUGUUCAUGUAGAGCUGUCGAAUGGGAGAAGAAGCGUGACAUUAGCAAUUGACUUAAGUAACGUGUAUGUGAUGGGAAUCCAAGCCGGUAAUACAGCCUACUUUUUCAAAGAUGUGAACAAAGAUAUAUACAAGACUGUGUUUCCAGGAGAAGGUAUUCAGAGAGAGGCACUUCCAUUUACGAGCCAGUAUGGGGCGAUGGAAGGAGCUGCUGGAGUUGAUGACAGAAGAGAGAUCCCUUUAGGAAUCAGCAGAUUAGGCCAACAAAUUGACCAGGUACAUAAUGGGGGAAAUAGGAAUAUUGCUAGAGCCCUUAUAACUAUGAUUCAGAUGGUUGCUGAAGCAGUAAGAUUCAGAAACAUUGAGCAAAAGGUGGUAGCAACUAUACAAAGUGAUUCACAAUAUGGUGAGUUUUAUCCAGAUGGUUUGAUGCUGGAAUGGGAGACCAGUUGGGGUGCUCUUUCCGCUGCUGUUCAAUCUGCGGUAGAUGGGAUUUUUCCAUCAGCAGUGCAGUUGAACUUUGAUGGUGGUCAAGUUCAGGUUAUAGAAACCGUGAGACAGAUUCUUUUCUUUCUUUCAAUAAUGCCACUUGUAUGCAGAAGAAAUUACUUGGAGUAUACAUUUUCAUCUUCAUUAUCAUUGCCCAUAAGCAGACGCGGUCUGCAGCAGGAAAUGAGUGUUGAUGAUAAAUGUAACCAAGUUUUAGAGCCUAAGGUGCACAUAACUGGAUUUGAUGGUUUCUGUGUGUCUGUGAAAGACGGAGAUUACAGUGAUGGAAACAGUAUCGUUUUAACUGAAUGCAAAGACGGGCAAGAAAACCAAGUUUGGAGCUUGAGAAGUCAGGAUCAAACAAUCCGAUCUAAAGGAAAGUGCUUAACAACUUAUGGAUAUAAGCAGGGGAACUAUGUAAUGAUCUACGACUGUGAUACUGCUAUCCCUGAUGCCACGAAAUGGCAUAUUGAUAGCAUUGUUGGAAAGAUUAAAAAUCCCAGAUCCGGGCUUUAUUUGACUGCAGACAGACGUGCUACAGGUGUUCAUAAUCUUGUAAUUGAUCACUAUCAAUAUGCAUCUAGACAAGUUUGGCUACCCACCAACAUUACAACACCAUCAGUAAAUUACAUUGUAGGAUACCGCUCCCUUUGCGUGACACAAGAUGGCUUUAAUUUAGUGUGGAUGGUCUAUUGUACUGGAAACAUGAAAAGCCUGAGGUGGGCGCUAUACCCGGAUGGUACUAUCAGGCCUGAAGAGCACCGAGGCCGGUGUCUACAAUAUACACAUGGCCUACAAGUGAUUAGUUUGGGAGCAUGCGGUGGAUGGUCUAAUGAGCGUUGGCUUUUUCAGGUUGAUGGCACCAUUUUACAUGUGGCCACUGGUUUGCUCAUGGAUUUCAUUGAGACUUCUGGUCUCUACCAAAUUACUCUCAAUGAUUAUACUGAUAGCUUCUCCCAAAUUUGGUUUCUUACACCAUAUCUUUAAAUAAUUGUAUCAUGUGUUUGUAUAAUUGUUGCAAUAAUCAAAUGUGUUUUUGUCUAAACAGAAAUUUCUAAGUAAUACUUGAUGUAUACAAAGUUGUACUUCGUGCUUAUUUUUUUUAAAAAAAACAUUGUACCCGUGGGCCGUUGGGGCUGAACCGCAAUUUGGAUUAUACAUCCGAGUGCACAGUGCUCAUUGUGCACCCUUGUUAGUUUCA